AUGCCUCACUCUCACUCAACAACACCACGGCGCCGACCUCGCCAGAGCCGCAUCAAGCCAGACCCCGACUCUGCCACGGAUUCUUCAUCUAUUCCAGAGUCUGGCACUGUCAACCUUGAUCUGCGCAAUACUCCUUCUAACACUUCGAGCUACAGCGAGAGCGGGCAUAUUCCACCCAACCAGGCUUUUUAUCGUCACGGCAGAUCCGAUGCCCCAACCCCAAGUGAGCGCCUCACAGAACCUGAGCCUUUGCUACGGGAACUGAGGAUGCGACCCAACGCUGCGGCUGAGAGCCCGACCAGCCAGGUCCCCGUUGAUGGGAGCUUCUUCCAGACAUCCUUUCAGGACAUCGGAAAGAAGCUCAAGGCCUGCAACGAUACACUCGGUGAGCUUCAGCAACUUGGUGUCUCUCACGAUGUCCCUCUUCCAGAGCUCGUCCUCGUCGGCGACCAGUCUGCCGGUAAAUCGAGUCUCAUGUCAGGUCUCGCCAACCUUGAUCUUCCUCGAAGUGAAGGAACCUGCACCAGAUGCCCACUGCACAUUCGAGUGUCACGAAGUCAUGAUCCAUCCUGCCGCGUGUGGCUUCGCAAGGAAUACUCCUACCAACCCCCAGAGCACCGAUCCAUCAAUGAGAACGACGUCACUGAUCGGGAUCCCUUCUUCCCUUGGCGAAAGCUGCCGACCACAGUUGUGCAUGAGUUCAAGACCAUGAUUGACCACAGCGACAUCGAGGAGGUUCUUCGUUGGGCCCAGAUCGCCAUCCUCAACGAUGAUAAGAGCCAUGAGCUCUUUGUCCCCGGCUCCGGUGGCAUCGCAAACACGGUUCCCAUCGACAGAGCCGCCGAGACCGUGGCUGCCAAGUUCUCGCCAAACAUCGUCGCCCUCGAGAUCAAGGGCCCCGAACUCCCCGAUCUUUCAUUCUACGACAUGCCAGGUAUCUUCCAGAACCCAGCUGACGCUCGCGACGACUACCUCGUCAAUGUUGUGAGAAACCUCUCGAGAGAGUAUAUUCAACAUCCAUCGGCGAUCAUCUUAUGCUCUAUGCCCAUGAACAGUGAUGCCGAAAACUCAUCUACCUUUGGCCUCAUUCGCAGACUUGGAGCUCUGAAUCGCACCAUCGGCGUCCUCACCAAAGCCGACCUCAUCCCAGAGGGCGGCAACCAUGAGCAGUGGCUUGCCAUCAUGAGGGAGGAGGCACAUACCACUGGACUCGGGUACUUCAUCACGUCGCGACCACAGGGAAAGGAUCUCGAUGAGCUCAAGAGGUGGGAAGAGCACGUAUUUGUGGAUUACGGCUACGACAGAUGGCCACCUGCAUUCCACCCCUUCACUGAUCGGUGUGGUAUCGAGAAGCUAAAGGCAUUCCUCUCAGAGAAGCUUGGCCAGGAGUUCGCAAAAAGCCUCCCUCACAUCAAGCAGACACUUAAGCACCAUCUGAAUAACAUCGUGGAACAGUUGAACAAGCUACCGGAACUGCCAUCCAAUGUUGAACUCGAGGUCCAGACCAGUGUCAUGGAGUUUGGCGAGCAGGCUCGAUCCAAGCUGAAGCCUGCUGAGUUCUCUAAGCACUUUGUCCCGCUGCCCGAGAACUUUCGCGAAUGUCUCCUGGAUAUGAAGCCCAAGUUCACUCUCAAGGACAGUAGCGACAUUCCCGUUCUGGAGAUCUCUGAUGACGAAUCUGAUGCGGGAUCGGUUGUUACCAUCACCAACACCAAUACGCCAAGCAAAAGACGAGCGAUGGGACCACCUACGACCCCUUCCAAGCGAGCCCGCACUGAUCCAAUGCCCAACGGAACCAAUGGACACAUCAAGCCCGAAGACAUGAGAGCCAGUGUUCCGCGGUUCUCUCCCGCUGCCGGCCCUCGACGGACAGCCUUCCCAGCUCCGUUCACUCCAUUCACGGGCGUCGGACGAGGAUUCAGGACUCUUCGCCAGGUUCGGGAUGAGAUCAAGGCCAAGACCAGAGCUGGCGUGCCAGACAUCAUCACGGAAGAGGUCUACAACGACAUGUGCCGCGAGGCAAUUCAACCCUGGGAUGGACCCAUGAAGGCAUUCCUCAAUGAGGUUAUGAACCUCUUGAGCACGAUGCUUGAGUCAGCCUUGGAGCUCUCGUUUGCUCGUCUCAACAAACGUCUCAUCUAUAAGGAGUGUCGCAAGAUUCUCACAGAGUACCUUGAUGAGCGGCGCCAUGAGACUCUUGCUGCGCUUGAUGUGGUUUAUCGCCUCGAGACAUACGGUCUGUUCACAGUCAACCAGGAAGCAUUCCGUCGGUAUCAGAAGGACGAGCAGAUUCUUCUGACGCGAUACCGCCACCAGAUGCGAAUGUUGGCGGCCGGGUACGGCGAUGGGCGACCCCCGGUUCCUUGGGAAAGCCUAACCGAUGAGAAACGUAUCCAGGACGAAAGGCGACGCGAGGCCGAUCUGGGCAAGCUUGGCCCAGAUUCAUUUGAGAGGGAGCUCGAGGUCGUGGCUUAUGUUAGAGGCUACUACCGCCUCGCUGCCUUGCGGUUCGCGGACGCUGUAGCUCUCCACAUCACCAACGGCAUGAUUCCUCACAUCCAACGUCACCUACCAUAUCACCUCGACCGCAAGCUCGGCCUGGGAGGUCAUGAUUCCACAAGCGUCUACGAGAGGCUUAUGGCAGAGGACUCGGCCACGGCGACGAGGCGGGAGGUGCUGAGAGGAGAACGAGACAAGUUUGCAAAGGCCUUGUCGAGCAUCGAGGAGUUGGAGGCCGGAGCUGGCAGCAGAGGAUUGUCGGAGGAACAACAGACCGACGAGAUGUCGGACAUUGCCAUGAUGAGCGGUGCGCUCCCUGCUGAGUGUUGA